CCUUUCCUCCGCCGGCGCCGGUGUCCGGGGUAACUGUUUCUAAGGCUUUGACUUCAGGAUUCGCGUAGGUGCGGAUCCUCGGCCUCGGUGUUUUGUUCUUUUUUGAAAGGACAUAGAGACCUAGGCGUCUGGUUCGCCCUGGUUCCGCGCUCGGCUGGUAAGGAAGGUCGGCGGUUCGAACCGACCAGCCGUUCCGGUGGGAGACAGCCGAGUGGCGGUCUUCCUACCUAAAGAAUGUCUCCUUGAGGAACCCCCUGGGGUCUGUACUGUAGGUGGCUACUCGCCGGCAGUAGGUCUUGGUUUGAAGAGUCUUGGUUAAAGCUUCAUUAUUUACUUUUAGAUUGUGACACAUGCGAUUUGUUGGAAGCCCCCCGCCCCCGGGAAACCAGCCGUUUGUCCCCUUGGUGGAGGAACUCAGCAGAACGUUACCUGUGUUUUGAAAGGUUGUGGGAAACGUGAAGCAGAGCGCUGACCACCUCCUGAAAGGCUUUUUAAAUGGGUGAUGUUGGGGGGUGAGGGGAUUCAGCUCUAAGAAGUCAGUGCGGUGAAAGCAGCAAGGAUGUCUUCCACACAUUCCCUGUUUAUGAAGAAGCACGAAACCAACUCUCCUGAAGGGUUGUACAGCACCUGUUCUGAGUGCAUGGGAAGCAGCUAGGGAGACCAAGGAGCAUAAGGAGGCUUUUGUAAUCACCGAAAAGCUCUGCUCUAGCUCUUAAGGUCAUGGCUAAGAUUUAUCUUUGCCUAGGGUUAAAAUAACAGGAAGAUGAAAGAGGGUAAUCAAAAUGCUCGCAACUGAAAGUUGUUUAGAUGGGUCUUGUGUGGAGCUAGGUUUUUGUUUUGGUCUGUUUGGAUUUUUAAAUGCUAGCGUUUUUGCUGUGUCCACAAGGAUGUUAACCAAGUUUGUAUUAAGGUUUAUGGUGGCCACCUGCAAUGCUGAUUAAGCCAGCACUAUAUAAUUAAAAAUGAACCUACCUGGGUGCAAAGCUGGUCAGCGUCGUGUUAAAAGGACUAACUUAGAGUGUAAGCUCCCGGAGGGCAGAGAUGAGACUCCAGUCCAGUCCUAGAGAAAUGGCACUCACGUCUUUGUAUCAGGUUCACACAGAUCCUCAGCAUCCAGGCGAGAGCCAUGCACAUGGAUGAUAUUGUGUAGUCGGAGGGAUCCUACUUGAAAUUCAGAAGACUUAGAAACUGGUGAAAGGAGUAGACAACUUCAGUUUGACUGAGCUGUUUGAGUAACUGGAAAUCAUCUAAAGCACAAACAGAAACAUCCAUUAGUAGUGUGAGAACUUUCACAAUGAAAUCUGAAGCCAAGGAUGGAGAGGAGGAAAGUCUACAAACUGCCUUCAAGAAGUUGCGGGUGGAUGCAUCAGGGUCCGUGGCAGCUCUGUCUGUUGGAGAAGGCACAGGCGUUAGAACGUCAGCCCGAACAACUACCGAGGACACCAAAUCUAAAGCCACAGGCACCGCCAAAGACAGUUGGCAUGGAUCUACAAGGAAGUCUUCGAGAGGAGCAGCAAGAACCCAGCGCCGGCGACGGUCUAAAUCUCCUGUUCUUCAUCCUCCCAAGUUUAUACAUUGCAGUACAUUAACUGCUUCUUCCAGCAACCAGCUGAAGCACAAAAGCCAGACUGAGUCCCCUGAUGGCAGCAGUGGGCUGGGAAUUUCAGCCCCCAAAGAGUUCACUGCAGGGGAAUGUGUGCCGCCGCCUCCUGAUACUACCCACAUGGGGCCAGUCAACGAGCCUUUGCCAACUGUGGUUCCGGGGCUCCGGUCAGAGAGUACCAAGGAAGACUGCGCUGAUGUCACCCAAGUCUCCCAAGCAAAUCUCAAGGCCAACCAUCUCUCUGACUUUGGGUCCGUUUCCAAGCUAAACCAGGGCAAGCCAUGUGCGUGUGUAGGCAAGGAGUGCCAGUGUAAGAGGUGGCACGACAUGGAAGUGUACUCCUUCUCAGGCCUGCAGAGCGUCCCGCCCCUGGGCCCUGAGCGAAGGGCCCCGCUUGAGGACUACUCCCAGUCGCUGCACACCCGGACUCUGUCUGGCUCCCCUCGGUCCUGUUCUGAGCAAGCUCGUGUCUACGUGGAUGACGUGACCAUUGAGGACCUGUCAGGCUACAUGGAAUAUUACUUGUAUAUCCCCAAGAAAAUGUCCCACAUGGCUGAAAUGAUGUACACCUGAUAGCAAGGAGCUCACUGCUCUGCUUCAAACCAAUGAAGGGUUGUCAGAUUUAGUUAAUGGCAGACCUUCCGGCCACUUUGUGUGAGAAGACAUCUCCUUCUGCUCACUGUGCUUGCAAUAAAAAACAUUUCUUGUCA